UUGAGUUGAAUCCUUGAGACCGAACUCGAACUGUCGAACUCCAAAGUCCAUGUUACAAAUAGCGCACUGCAAACCGCGAAGCCAAGCCAACUCCGUAAAAGUAAAACACAAUUUAAACAAAAAAAGAAAAAAAAUGUGAUGAAGCUGAAAAUCGAAAUCGUGCAGAGCAAAGAAGGCAUUGACAUUUGAACGAUGGAGCCACGAAACCCUUCUCCGUCGCCGUCACCGGUUCGAGUCCUCAUUCGCCCUCCGUCGUCUUCGUCUUCGUCUCCGUCCUCCUCCUCCGACCAUCCCUCUCCGGCACCGGCGCCGUCGCUCCCUCGCUCCUCCGACGGCGUGGUGGUCGUCGGCUUCAUCGCACGGCGGCACGAUGAUUCCGCGCAGCUCCUCAACCGCGUCAUCGACUCCAACGUCUUCGCCUCCGGCAACCUCGACACGCCGCUGCUCGUCGACGAUGAGGAGGCGAGGGAGUGGUUCGAGCGGAGGAGAAUCAGCUACUUUCACGACCACGACAAGGGGAUUUUGUUCCUUCAGUUCUCUUCCACUCGCUGUCCGGUGAAUCACGCCGCCGCCGCGCCGUCGGGAUUCGAUUCCGCCGUCGAAGAGCACGAGUUCGGCGACCUCCAGGGAAUGCUUUUCAUGUUCUCUGUUUGUCAUGUUAUCAUAUAUAUUCAGGAGGGGUCACAUUUUGGUACUGGGAUUUUAAGGAAUUUUCGUGUGCUGCAAGCAGCCAAGCAUGCUAUGGCUCCCUUUGUUAGAUACCAGACUAUGGGGCCUUUACCGUCUAGAUCGCAUCCUUCACCGUCCUCCCAACCUGUUUCGUCGGUGAACAAUUCUUCACCUGGUAGAGGUGGUGGUAACUUGGGUCGCAAUAUGUCGGCCAUAUCUCUCAUGUCAGGUUUAGGUUCUUAUGCUUCUUUGUUUCCAGGACAGUGCAUACCUGUUACACUGUUUGUAUUCAUCGAUGAUUUCUCCAGUUUGUCGAAUUCCAGUGCAAAUGGGGAGGAAUCUUUGGAUGGCUCUUCGCUUAACCAGUCUUCUAGUUUGAGUAGUGCAGCCAAAGAAAACUUGCCUGCUAAAGGUUCUGGUUCGGUAGUUGUGCUGGCACGCCCUGCAAGUCGAUCUGAAGGUGGAUUUAGGAAGAAACUACAGUUGUCUCUUGAAGCACAAAUUCGCUUUCUGGUUAAGAAAUGUCGGACAUUAUCAGGUUCUGAAAUAACUCAUUCGGGUGUGAGAACUGGGGGUACCUCAACUUCUGCACCUUUGUUUUCACUUGAUGCAUCAAGGACAGUUGUCUUGUUGGAUCGGUCUUCAAAUCAAAGAGGUGUGUCUCUUGAGUUUGCCAGUGGACUUAUUGAUGAUGUCUUAAAUGGGAAAGCAACUUCAGAUUCCCUUUUGCUUGAAAGCCACAGUCAAAGUGCGAGCAAAGAAGAUUUAAUAUCAGUUAAGGAGUUUGUUUACAGGCAAUCUGAUAUUUUGAGAGGGAGAGGGGGGCUAAUUAAUACCAGCAGUGGCUCAGCUGCAGGUGCUGGUAUGGUUGCUGUAGCAGCAGCUGCAGCUGCUGCCUCAGCUGCAUCUGGGAAAACAUUUACUACUCCUGAUCUUCCUAAUCUUGAAGUUUGGUCAUCUUCUAGUCGUCAUAUCUUGAGUGGAGUUCUCUGUGCAAAAGGUGGUUGUUUGGAUGAAUUUGAAAUUAUCAAAAGAAAACCUCGUCCAAGGAAUACUGUUUCAUCAACAGUGGAAGGAUCUUCAAAGAGUACAAAUCCUUUUGAUGUUGCAGUAUCUUGGUUACAAAGUGGUAGAGGGUUGAACACUAAAUUCUCAACUUUGUGGUGCCAAAGAGCCAUUCCAGCCGCAAAGGAGAUUUAUUUGAAAGAUUUGCCUGCUUGUUAUCCUACUUCACAACAUGAAGCCCAUUUAGAUAAGGCUUUGCAUGCAUUUCGCUCAAUGGUAAAAGGACCAGCAGUGGAACUAUUUGCAAAAAAGUUGGAAGAGGAAUGCACUUCCAUAUGGAAAUCAGAAAGGCAACUAUGUGAUGCUGUUAGUUUGACAGGAAAACCAUGCAUGCACCAAAGGCAUGAUGUUGAAACCAGUAAUUCAGACUUGGGAGCCCCGCCCAUGCCACAUUCAAGUGGCUAUUCUUUCCUUCAUGCUUGUGCUUGUGGUCGUUCCCAGCAGUUAUGUCCUGAUCCCUUUGAUUUUGAAUCAUCUGAUGCUAGUUGCUUCUCUGACUGUGAUAAGCUACUUCCUGCAGUCAAAUUAACAGAAAUAGAAGUUGCAGGACCUGUUCAAUCUUCUGCUUGGAGUUUGCUUCGUAUUGGGGGUUCAAAAUACUAUGAAUCUUCUAAAGGCCUACUUCAAAGUGGAUUUUGUGCCACUGAGAAAUUUCUUUUGAAAUGGACUAUAUACCUAGAGAAAAAGAAAAUACCAAAUGGUUCUACAGAGGGUAUAGUGAAGCAAGGUUCUGUAAUUAGGGCACCGAAGGUUGAAUAUAUUGCAGAUGCAAAGAAAACUGAUGUUAGACAAGCCCACCAUGCUUCGCAGAAUGGAGUGGAAGACCAAGGAACAUCUUUAGAUAUAUUGAAGGCUGAUGAUAAAAAGAUAAGUUUUGGAUCAGGUUUCCCUAUUUUCAAAAUGAGAAAACCUUUUUCUGAGGUUGUUGCUGGAUCAGCGGCUGGUGAUUCAGGAUUCCCUCCUCUUCAACAAAGGAAAUUGCUUGCACCAGGUUCAGAAAAGGGUAUGAAACAAAGCAGGUCAAGUAGUCAGACUGUUGAACAGGUUAGUGCAGUCAUUGAUCAUGAAAUAUCUCAAAAAUCUCAACAUGUAUCAUCUACUCAGGGACCUCUUGAUGUUAAUGCCAAUAAUAUCUGUAGGGAUGGUGAUCCUUUUUUGAGGAUUGGUAGCAAUGUAGUACCUCUAUUCUUGAAUGGUGGUGAAAUGAACAUAUCACAUUCUUUAAAGCAUGCUAUAGUAUAUGUUGGAUUUGAGCAUGAAUGCCCCUGUGGACACCGUUUUCUGUUGAAUGCAGAACAUCUCACCGAAGUUGGAUCUGCAUACUCAUUAUCUGAAGAAUCUCAUAUAUCUUCUAUGGAGCCUGCUGGCAGAAAUCAGGCAUUUCAUACUAAAGUAAGCAAGAAUGCUUCCUGGAACCAAGUUCAUCGAAGCUCAAAUGAAAUUCUUUCUGCAAUCUCAAAUAAGGAAAGAGAUGUGAACAAAUCUAAUCAAAUGAUUCCUAAUAGUGAUAUGAAUUCAGAUGGUUUAAUACGUACUUCCAUUCCACUAAAGCAACCUAAUUGGACAUCAAUAUAUUCAAAUGCAAAACCCCUGAAUCUUAUAAAAGAUUUUGGAGGGGACCUUCAAGCUAUUAGCAUGGAUGGUGAUGAUCUUGCAUUCUCCAUGCUGAAUCAAAACUUGCCUAUCUACAUGAUGUGUCCUCACUGCAAGCAUUCUAGGAAUAAUAAGGAUACACCAAAGGUUAAAUUUGCCAGUGGGAUCUCACAACUUAAAAGGAUUUUUCUGGUGACACCUGCAUUUCCAGUGAUACUAGCAACAUGCCCUGUUGUACAAUUUGAGACGUCAUGCUUGCCUCCCUCAGUUCCAGAUCGUGAACAAAAAUUGCAGUUUAGCCUUGGAUGUGAAGUGAUCUUGCCACCAGAGAGCUUCCUUACACUUAAAUUACCAUUUGUGUAUGGCGUGCAGCUUGAAGAUGGAAACAAGCAUCCUCUUAACCCCUUUGAACAGCAGCCUGAAAUGACUGCCUGGAUUACCAAGGGCACAGUACUUCAGAUCUUGUCCAAGGGAAACAAUGAUGAGGGAUAUCAAACACAGUAAAAGUAUACUAAAUCUUUGAGUGGUCUUGCUAUAGUGAAAAGGAAAGGAUGCCAAUAGCUUCUCCAAAUAUCAGGACAAGUAACUUAGUGAAUGAUGGGUAUGGUCUGGAAUUGAAUUACUGAGCUGUAAUGGAAACUAGUGGAGUUCAUAACUCAGGCAUGAACUGAUCUGUGGUUGGCUUUCUUUCUUGUGCACAAGUUCGUUUAUAUCUUGUGGGUAACUGCAAAUUCAUGGUUCAGGUAUGCUGUCUGGAUUGAUUUGGAUGAUACUGCCCUUUACAAAUGAAAGUAUUCUAUGGUUGGGAAGAGUCUGAGAUAUGUGCAUCAAUAACCAGAGAAUUAGGAUGUUCCUGUUAAUUGCACAAGCAACUUCUGUAUUUAGAUUGAAGCCCGUUAUAGAAAUUCAACUGCUAGAGUUACUACGAAGGCGAAGUUUGCUUGCUGGUGAAGCCCCUCAAAGUUGUAGUUGACGAAAGGGUGGAUGGCAGCAUGUACAUGGAAGAUCAUGUAAACCAGGACACCGAUUGAUAUCUUUUAUGUAGUGAUCUUUUUAUUCAACGUGAGGUACAAAAGGAUAAAAAAGGGGCAAGCGUGGGCUAGCAAGGAAAACCAUGCACGUUGGUGUUUCUUGAUUUCCCUGGGGGGCAUUUCUUGGUGUUGUAAGCUUGCUGAUCAUCAAGGUGGCAAAAAAUCGUUGAACUGAAGCCUGUGGAUGGCCUUUGUGAAAGGCUUAAAUCGAGUGUUCUUUAUAAUGUUGAAACUAUUGGUUUAUGCAUUAGAGAGGGGAACAAAUGUGUAAUUUUUUAAGUAAAACUUUCAUUUUUGUUCAUUAGAUUAUCAACAUUGGUCGCUUUAUUUUAUUUCUUGAUUUUAUAACAUCUUUACUUUAGGCCUUUGUUUUAUAAAGGCUCAAA